AGGAAGUGAGUGAUGAAGGUGCUACGCAGGCGCAAAUUGACCUUUCGGUUGAAGAACCCGUCGGUCACAUGUGAGUGUCGAUAAAUACCUUAGUUUUAUCGUGAUUCUGCUUUCAAUAGUCCUAAUUACUAUUUUCAUCACUCCACACCGUAGGUAAAGCACCGCACACACCAUGGGUGACAUCGAGGAUACUCACUUCGAGACCGGGGACUCCGGCGCCUCGGCCACGUUCCCCAUGCAGUGUUCGGCGCUCCGCAAGAACGGCUUCGUCAUGCUCAAGGGCCGCCCCUGCAAGAUCGUCGAGAUGUCUACCUCUAAAACCGGCAAACACGGCCACGCCAAAGUGCACUUGGUCGGCAUCGAUAUAUUCAACGGCAAGAAAUACGAAGAUAUAUGUCCCUCCACCCACAACAUGGACGUGCCCCACGUGAAGCGUGAGGACUACCAGUUAACUGACAUUUCCGAUGACAACUACCUUACACUGAUGGCCGACAACGGCGACCUGCGCGAGGAUCUCAAGAUUCCGGAGGGCGAACUUGGCACCCAGCUUCGCACUGACUUCGAACUUGGCAAAGAGUUACUGUGCACCGUGCUGAAGUCUUGCGGUGAGGAGUGUGUGAUCGCAGUGAAGGCAAACACGGCUCUCGACAAAUAAACCUGCAACAGCAUUUAUAGGGUUAUAACAAACAUAUAAUUUUUUUACAAUCAAACAACUCUUACAUAAAUGUAAAACAUAAUAUUAUGUAUAAUUUAACUUAAAAUAUGACUGUUUAACGCCGGCCCGGCAUCCGCGUUCGCACGAACCUCAGUGGCAGUUCACGAAAAUUAGGAAACUUGCAACAAAACGUCGACAUUUCACCUAAACUGGCAGGCGUCAAAUGUUACCUAUAUUUGACGCUAGGUAGGCUAUGAAACGACCGUGCCACCAACUUGUGGUUCCAGCCAACCAAUCAGUUCAGGUGCCGGCGUCGCUAGUGGAGAAUUUUGUAUUGAUAUUUUAUGAAAUUCGAGAAGAAAUGGCAAUAAAUUCUUUCUACAUACGAACAUUUAAAAUAGCUUAAUUAUAUAUCAAUACUAGCUGAUACCCGCGCGACUUCGUUUGUGUGGAUUUUGCAAUGGCGGCUGACGCGGCUCUAAUUCCAAUCGCCCACCUGAACAGAUAAGUUGGUGGCACUGUAUCUUUGAUUUCACGUCACCCUAGCCUUGACAUAUGUCGAUUCGGGAUCGAAAGCGAGGGUUUCCUCACUAGUUCACUCUGCCUCACUGGCGAUCUCUGCGAACAUUCAACUGAUAGUGAUGUGGCCGGUAGCAAUAAAGCUUGCAGAAGUCUUUCCGCAAGAAGUUUCGUAACUUUCCCCUGGAAAAAAUUGCAGAAAUUGAUUUGCAAUGCAAAUGACUUGCUAGAGAUAUGAUUGCCAGUUUUAUUGCUUGUGCACACUAAAACUAAAUAGGGACUUAAUUUAUUGCGAACUUAAUAUAAAUAUAAGUUAUCAGUUAUGUACACAUCCCAUACAUAAAAGUAACCGAAUCUUACAAAUGAACUGUUAAAAAAGUGUUUUUCAUGAAUUUUUGUUAUGUUAUUUUUAAAAAAUCGAUUUUAAUCGAUAAGCGAAGUGGCCAUUGACCCAAGUCGAAUAAAAGCAUAAAAGGAAGCAAGUAAAAUUUUAAUUUAUUUGAUAUUAUAUAAAAAUAAUAUAUGAAAAUGGAUGUUGUCCUGUAUGCGUUCCUAUAUCAUUCAUCUGAUUGUGAUGAAACUUUGUACAGUUGUUGUUGGCGCUUGUAGGGAGGUUUGUGACAUAGUACAAUCAACGCAUGCCGGGCAUCGGCUGAAGUGUCACCAACUUAUCCGUUCAGGUGGCAGCGUUAAUUUACGAAGAAAAACUUUUUACACUGCGAGGAUUCAAUCAAUAUAGCUUACUUAUAUUGCAAUACUCGUUGCUGCCCGCGAGUUCGCGCGGGUUUUGAAAUGGCGUCUGACGCGGCUCUGGUUCCAAUGUUGCCCACCUGAACAGAUAAGUUGGUGGCUGUAGUUGGAGCUCGGGUGUCGCGUCGGCCGCCGGAACUUCUCGUUUGUUUUGUUUUGUUUGUUCUCUUUUCGCUUCCUCCGUCGUUUUACGUUGCGAGCCGCCGAAAGGAAAAACUUGAACGGUUUCAGACUAUCGUUUUUUGUGCGCGUUUGAAGGUCGGACCGUAUCAAAAUAUUUCAAUCACUUCGUAUGGUGCAUGCCGCACUAGAGUGAAGCUGCACAGCCGAGUCGCGGCAUAGAGAAUAUUGUGCUGUAAUACGGUCCGACCUUUACGCUCGUUUUGGUAAAAUUACACUCGCAACUAUAUACGCUUCUAGUAUACCGAACGAGCGUGUAUGAGCUCAUUCCGGCAUGUUCGCUCAAACCAGUGGGUCAGUCGGUGCCAAAAUAUUAGCGUAUUUCUUGCGUAUACAAGCGUAAGUGCGUCUAAAGUAAGUCCAACGAGACGAGAAUGUAAACAAACUGACAAUAUUGUGUAAGAGAGAUAAUAAGCCCCAAGCUCAACGGUAUAGGAGCGGACUGAUAUCCGAAAGGUCGACGGUUUAAACCCCACCCGUUGCACUAUUAUCGUACCGCCUUGCACUUUACGCUUAAUUGGAGGGGAAAGGGGAAUGUUAGUCAUGAUUGACAUGGUUAAUAGUCUUUAAAAAAAUCUCGCUUUUGCAUGUAACUUAGUAACAGUCAGUUUACUAUUUUUUAUCUCGUCUUGUUGGCUUUACUUUACGUUCCUGCGAGAUGUUGCGUGAAUAAAGGCGCACGCAUACAGGCGUACAAAAAACGCUAAUCUUUAACCGCUCGAGCGACAUUGGUGUGAACUCCAGUGUGGUGGAUAUAAUUGUUUUACACGGGGCCCGCGCGGCCCCGCGAAAAGACGAACGCAAACCGGAAGUUGUUUACCAUACUUUAAUGCUAAAUUAAUUAAAACAUUAAAAAAACCAAGAAGAAAAUCAAAAAAAAGUUUUAAAAAAUACAAAAAAAAAUAGAAAUAAAGAGAAAUUCUUGAAUGUGGGUGUGUGAUUGAUUGUGGUGUUCGCUGACUUGCGCCGCUUGCUUUGGCAUAAAUAAACACAGCAUAUUCAUUCAUUCAUUUCACUGAGUCCAUAAUGUAAGUUUUAAAGUUUUAAAAUGUGUCUAAAUGCGGAAUUUUUAUAGCUAUAGUGUGGCGAUUGCAAUCAUUUUCGACAGACUGAUAGUUUUCUUUUACUAUUGGCUAAAAUACAGUUUUAGUAAGACUGCCUUAAAUUUAGCUAAUAACCAUUGCGAUGAUCGCAAUAUAUAGAUAGCUACUUUGCUUCGAGACUAGUGGGUUAAUCUAUUAAAUUAAUCAUCUAAAAGUUUUAUUAAUGAUCAUCACUAUCAAUCGUUAGACGUCCACUGCUGGACAUAAGUAUCUUAUAGGAACAUCUUUAAAUUUGUAUAUACCAUAAUAAUUUGACAGACUAAAAUCUCGAAGUUACAUCCAUACACCUAAAAAUAAUAGAUUUACUUCAAAACUUACAAUAGGAGCUCAGAAAUGCAGACAGCUUGUUAUUUGACUGUCAUUGAAAAAUGUAUCUUCCGUACAUGACAAAAGGCUCAGAUUUGAAUGAACGAGCUGUGACGUCCUAAAGCGGUGCAGCGCUGGUCAACGAACUCCUUUAGUCCUUUGACGGCGUGCGGGUAACGCCGCGUACCCUUCGGCCAACACUUGCCAUCUGUUCAAAUGACUCCGUUUCUAUAUCAAAAAUAUCAUAAUAUAUCCUAUGAGGCGCUCUACCUACAUGAGUAAGUGGCUCGCAGCGAUUCAGUCAUAACUCAUAUAGUAUCAACUA